CUAAAUCAAGAUACAGUAGACAUCAUAUCUUCGAUAUCGCUUAAAUAUUACAAAUGAAACAAUGAGAGCUUGAACCAAUUGUCAAUAUCACUCUUUUACAAAGCUCAGAAAAAUGAAAUGUGUUUAAAAGUACCUUAAGUUUUAGAAUCACCUCUAAAAGAAAUUAGUUUAGUUAUUUUACCUUUUUUUAAUGUUAACUCAAAAUGGAAGAAACUAAAGAAAGUGAUAAGACAGGGGCAAAACAAAGACGGACUUCUCCAAUUGCCAUUCCAUCAAAAUUACCUAAAUCUCCUAGUCUAAGCGAUCGAACAAAUCGUCACUCAAGAAAUAAGUCUGUACAGUGGGCUGAUUGGGAGUUGAAUAAUGUUGUGGACUUCUCAGGAAGCAAACAAACUAAAAGCCUCAUUGAUGAAUACUCUCAAACAGAGAUUGAGUCUCCUACUUCCAGCGAUCGAGUUUUACCAUUAAUCGACAGCUUGGUUCAAACAUCAUUAGAAAUUGGUUCUAUCACAUCUCGUUCGCGAAGUCCUUCGUUGAUAACUUGUGCUACAGUGGAAGAAGACGAAGAAAGGCAAACUGCUCUUGCAGAUUUAAUAAUUCAUCUCGAGGACACUUCUGCAUUAUUGCGUGAAUAUCUUGCUCCAACACAAGUGAAAUCGGAUGAAGAUGACUAUACAAAGAAUGAACAGACCUUUUUUUUACUCAAAUAUCAAAUCUUGUUAGUUUCUUUUACUCAGCUGGUGAGCAUUCUAAUUUUCACUCUGAUCGAUAGUGUAAAAAAUGAACUAGAUACAGGUUAUUUUGCUCUGACAAUAUCUUGUGGAUCAAUCUUGCAACUUCUCAACAUCGUUUUAGUGGCCUUUGCUUCAACUGUCUUGUCAAGGCAGAUGGUAAAAUACAAGGUUGAAGGGUUGUUGAUGGCACAAACAUUUGUAGCUACGGUCAUAACUUUUGCUGGGGUUUAUUUCCUAAUUUACAGGUUUGAUCCAAAUAAUUGGGAAUUUGGAAGUGCAGAUAGAAUAGAGGAACGAAAAGCUUUUGGGCAGUUUGUUAAAAUGCUGUAUUUAUCUGUUUCAUCUUCUACUUUGUGUGGAGCUGCAAAUGUUCAACCUAAUAAAUGGCAUGUUACAUUGAUAGUUUGUUUUCAAGACUUAAUCAAUUUUGUCUAUUUUGCAUCUAUUCUGGCUCAAACCAUUGGAAAUUAUCACAGCUAUACUGUACAGGUUAAAAGAUCAGCAUCUAUGAGUCACUUAGUGUCAAGAUAAUAACCUCUAGACUUGAAAAUAAAAAUAUUUUUUUUUCA